CUCCUCUCUUGUGAAAGUCUUGACCGAUGGCUGAACAAAUCGGUGAAGUCAAUCAGUCAGUCAGUAGAAAAGGCAACUGAGGAAGAAUUGCCUUUUCAUCCCACCAACAAUGUAGUAUGUUCAGGGAGGACUGAACGGCGGUUAAAUACUUUCCUCUCAGGGGAAGCCGAUGUGGACGUGGUAGUGCAUCGUAUGGUCAGUGGAUGCUGGCACCACCGUCAAGAUGUGAAUUUGUACCGAGAAUACAUAUCUCUUAUGGAGCGCAAGAACACUCGUUGGUCUCGGCUGACAGAGCUGUCACGCUUGUUCUAUUCCUGUGAACAGAAUAUGACACCGAUGUACUGUCCCUUCUUUACCCUAAAAGAACUACCUCAUUGGCGGAUGAGAGCAACCGUUUAACCACACUUGGGAUUCUCGAUAGUUAUGCGCAUCAUGUGACAGAGUUCAUUAACGGGAGCACCUAGACACGCAAAGCAGACGUCAUAAGUCGAAUCGGGUUCCAC